AUGCGUUCUUGGGAAUGGCAUCCCCUUGGUGACGUUUGGCCAUCGAAAGUUGGAGCCAAUGUCCAUUAUCCCUUAUUCUUUUUGAGGGAAGCCAUGGGUCAGCAAAUUCUCUUCUUGAGAGUUUACUUUUUCAUAGGCAACAACCGUCAUACAGCACCGGGUCCAGCAGAGUCGUACUGGGACGAAACUUUAUCCAAGAAGGUCCUGGGGUGUAUUUUGGUGUUCAAACUGCCUGGUAAUGGUUUUAUUGUAAUGAGAAUACAGAGACUUUGUGUGUAUGAAUACCGAGUAAGAUAUUGGAGUGUGUGUAGAGACGUUUAUUUAAUAUUGUUUUGA